AUGUAUAAUUCUCAAAUCUCCUUCACCCUUGAUACCAUUUGUCCCUGGACAUACCUCGCCAAAAAGCGGCUCGACCUCGCUCUCACCCAGCUCUCACCCGAGGUCUCCUCCAAGGUCUCAUUCAAAGUGCAGUUCCUGCCAUACCAAUUGUAUCCUGCUUUCGGCCCUGCGCAGGAUAAAUACGCCUGGCACCGAGAUAGCAAAUACGAUGGAUCAAAAGACAAGAUGGAUAUGUAUGUCGAAUACAUGACCACGCUGGGCGAAGCGAGCGGCAUUAAGUUCAAGUUCGGAGGCGACAUCGCCGACACCCUACAAGCCCACCGCGUUAUUCAGUACUUUCAAGAGGAAGUGGGUGCGGAGACAGCCAACAAGCUCAUUGAUGCUUUGUACAGGAGGUAUUUCGAGGAGGAGCAGAGCCCCAGCUCCCACGAGACUCUGAUCGCCGCGUGCGUGGAGGCUGGUAUUGAUAACGACCGAGCGAAGGCCGUGGUGGAAGAUGAGAGUGAGGGUGCGAUAGAGGUGAAGGCAGCGCUGAGGGAGUCUGUGACAAAUGGUAUUGAUUCGGUACCGCACAUUGUGUUUGAAGGAAAGAGGAGGGAUUUUACGCUCGUAGGCGCAAAGGAGGUCCCCGAGUAUAUCAAAGCCAUGGAAGCCAUUGCCAAGGAGAGUUCAUAG